AUGGCCGAGCACGAUCAUGAAGAUAACAACCAUUUAUUCGAAUCUUAUAGCCGCGAAGAAUUGGUGAAGAUUGCAGGAUAUGGAGAAGAAAAGCUUUCCACCGUCCUUAUUACAGGCUCAGUCCAUUGCGAAGCUUGUCUAAAUGAAGCUCAGCUUUAUGCAUGGCCCGUUUCAGGUGCUUUGGUUGCCGUUAACUGUCAUAUUAACGGAAAGAAGGGAAAAUCAAGUUGGACAAAAUGUGUUACAGAUGAAUAUGGAGAUUUUGCUGUUGACCUUCCUUCAAACUUACAUGCAAUUCCAAACUUGGACAGAAAGUGUUCAGUUAAAGUCCUUAGAGUGCCAAAGAACUCGCUGUGCAGACCGGCUAAUGUGAGGAGGAACAAGGGGCUGAGGUUCUUGUCGGUCGGGAACGGCAUUCGAACUUACGACGCCGGAGCUAUAAGAUUCCAGCAUUUGACAUCAAGACUCACACAAGGAUGCGGUAGAAAAGAAAGCCACAAUGCAAAAAUGAUGUCAUAG